AUAAUCAGCAAAUUUCACAAAAACCAGAUAAACUUCAAGGAAUUUCAAGUGAAUUUGAAGCUGCUGCUUGGUUAGCUAAAUACCUACAUACAAUGAUAGCAAAUUUAGAACUUGAAGCAAAAGCAUUAUUUUUAAGAACAAGGAAUAAUACUCCUGCAUUGUAUACUGAAUUAGCAUCUGCUGUAUGUGGUAUCUCCAAAGUUGACAAGCAGAUGCCAGUAUUAAUUAAGAAGGUUGGUAGUUGCUUUGAUGAUUAUCGGUAUUGCCUCCUUGCAAAGCUUCGAAAGAGAGCUGAUGAAUGUUUGAAUCAAUUUGG